AUGGCUCCAGCAGCCGCCAUGCACCCGGGCCUGUUUGUGUUUGACCAGGCGAUGGGGAUCCUUGAUAGUUCAGUGCAGUUCAGGGUUGCUGGAAGAAGCUCAGCGUCAAGCCAGAGCGGAGGAGCGUCGGUCACCUCUCCGACUCAAGAUGAGGAUGAACCAGGAGGCAGCAGGAGAAAGGGGAAGAAGAAGAAGAAGACGACGAAGAAGAAGCAAUACAUACACCUCCGGAUCCGUUACAGAGAGAAAUAUCAGAGUAGUCUGAUCCGAAAGAAGGCCCAGAAGAAAGAAGAAGAAACGACAAAGACGCCCACCGAACCGCCCGCCAUCCACGGUUGUGACGUGAUGCGCGCCGCCGUAUUUUAA